AAACUCAGCGAGCUCAAUUACGAUACGAAUACCAUAGUCCAACGAUAUAUCGAAAAACCUUUGCUCAUAGGAGGGUAUAAAUUCGAUUUAAGACUGUAUGUUUGCAUUCCUUCCUAUCAUCCAGUUACCAUCUACAUGUACAGGGAGGGCCUGGCUCGUUUUGGAACCGACAAAUUCAGUCUAACCGAUCUGAGGAAUCCCUUUCGACAUCUAACUAACUGCUCUAUAAACAAGUUGGGUCCAGGGUAUGCAGAAAUGAAGGAUCGGGUGGGAUCUGGUUGCAAAUGGACACUGCGACAACUGAGGAGAUAUUUUCAGCAAGCUGGUAUAUCAGACUGGUUGCUGUGGCAAAGAAUAACCUCCCUUGUUAUUUUAACUGUGCUCAGCCAUGUUAGCCAGAUCCCACCUACCGUAAAUUGUUUCGAGUUUUUCGGUUUCGACGUUUUAAUAGAUAAUUCUCUGAGGCCUUGGUUACUAGAGGUAAACCUGAGUCCAGCCCUGAGUAAUGACUGUGAUGCAGAUAGAUUAGUCAAGAAGCCAAUGCUGCACGACAUGUUUGAUCUUCUUGGACUGCCCCUUUAUAAUACUGGACUAGCCGUGUACAGUAUAUUUUCUGAUGAAGCCAACGACGAAGCCAGGGAAGAUAUAGAAAAUGCCAAACUAUCUCUGAUGAACACAAUCUCCGUCGUAAAUGCUGCUGGUCGUUGGAGAAGAAAACAAAAGAAGAUGUCUGCAUUGCAUCCCCGAUCAGGAUAUGCCAUACGCACUAGAAGUAGAUCGACUUCUGCCAAUAUUCAAAAGACUUACAUGACUUUACCAAGGGUUCAAAUAGACGUACAUGGUCUAGGUUCACCAACUCAUACUAAACCAACAACAAAACCAGUAUAUGAUGAUCAUAAGAAAACGAACCUAAAAAGUUGGGGUAACGGUCGAGAUUGGAAUUUACCGAAACCCAGAGAAGGUGGAUGGGUGCGGAUAUGGCCUCUGGCAGUAGAAGUUUCUGAAAAGCCCACUAAUAAUAUCAAUAAUGGUCAUGUUAAGGGUUAUGAAGUUCACCAAAACUGCAAAAGAUUUGGCCAAAAAACAUCCUACAGCUUCGGAAUGUCAACUGAGCGAAUUUUUACAAGAAGAAACGAAAAUGACAGGAGAUGUCUGGAUUCCUCCAGUUUGACUCAUCUCAUCGUAAGAGGGUUGAAUACAACAGCUUGGAAAUCUAAGGUUUUGUCAACCAAACAGGUCUUUCAGGGCUUUAUGAAAGAUUGAUUGGUGCUACUCAAAUAACGAUUUUCGCAAACAGUGAAUAAACUUUUGGUAAUGUUGUUGGAGUAGAUAAAAAAAUGUAACUUUUUGGCGUCGAACUGGUUUCAUUCCUCUGGAAUUCAUUGCCAAUUUUUCAAACUGCCACUACAUUGCCAAAUUCUCUUGUGAUUUAUUUGUUUUAUUGAUUCAUUUGCCUUAGAAUAGAUGGUUUUUUCUAUCACAUAUGUCUGAGUAGACUUGUAAGUAGUAUUGCUCUUGAAUAUAUAUCACAAAUUGUACUGAGUCGACCAAUUAUUGAUGGUUUGGGAACUUUUCCAUCCAUCUGCUUAUUUAAAAUUUAGGUAGAAUCAAAAUCGAUGGUAUUUUCUGAGAUGUUUUUUCACAGUCUAUACAGCAUGUAUUUAAAAUCAUUGUAUCACAUUUUUGUUGAUGGGUAGGAAAUAUUUCUCUCCAUUGUGAACAAAAUUACUAUAGAAUAGUUAGCUAAUCAUUUUCAGUUAGUUGAAACUGGUCUAAUAUUUGAACACUUAGUAUUUAUU